CGCAAGUUGAUUCCAUCAAAGUUUGCUUUAUCCAACGGGCCAAGGAGGGGCUGAACACGGCGCAGCAAGGUGUGAUCGCUUUUGGUUAGUUCACGUCUGACGGUCUGAAUCUAUGACUAUUUCAAGCCAGCGCCUGCACUCCUCGCAUCAAGUAUUGUCCAUGGCUACAUUCAUUCCAUCCAAUGCCAAGCGAUAGCAUGAACAAUCUCGAAACGUUCCCGUUUCUGAGACUUCCACUGGAGCUCCGGCUCAGAAUUCUCGAGUUUACAGAUCUCGUGGCGCCACUGAACCGUAUCACUUGGCAUCAACGCGCGGGUUAUAAGAUUUCAUGGAAUUUUUCGAUAUGCAUGCCUUCUUGUAAACCUCCAUACGACACAUGCCAUCCAAAGGCGCAUCAAGCUUGUGCGCCUGACCACUAUGCUUGGGGCUCAAGCACAUGCACAAUAUGUCCCCAUGCUCGGCCACGCCACCGUCGCGACCCAAAGAUAUACUCUAACUGCUGGACAUGCCGCCACUACGCAUGCCAGUUUCAAAGUACUUGGAAACCACCAUCUUCGCUCUUCCUGGUAUGUCGAACAUUGCUUGACGAAGCACAGCGAAUCUUUUUCUCCCACAACCACUUCGAAAUACACGAUGAUCACGACUGGCGAGUCUACGGCAAUGACCUCUCAGAAACCCCUGUUCCAAAGCCCACUCGCUGGGCUAUUAGCGAGUUUUUGUCUCGCAGGCUCAAAAGCAAUUCCCUUCAUUAUGUCCGGUCACUGCAGUAUUGGUUCUUAUGUAGUGUCACAAGUCUGACAGAGCCAAACGGCGAACGAACAGUUGACGAUGAGAUCUUUGCAGAGCAUGUCUCCAUGUAUCAGGACUGGCUCCAAGUCUUGGGCAACGUCAAAGAAAGACUCAAGCUGAGACUCUUCAUAUGGGACUGUUUUCGCCUCGAGGGAGACCUCAAGAUGGACACGUGUCGCAAGAUGCAGCCCGAGCAAUGUUUCACGCUCGUCGAGCCUUUGAGAGACAAGAUAUUUGGACGUCCGAUGUCCAUUGAAGUUCAAGAGUUAGUUCUUGACACAGAAGAGAGCCAGGUAGAACUACGCUUGCAGUAUAUUCCCAAGACGACUACACCUAACAUAUGGGCAAUGCAUGACAGUCUUGGCCUUGGCUGACAGAUCCGCGGUGUCUUCGUCAAUUGAACAGCAAGUUCAAAACAUGCAACACCGCUGCGGUAUUAGCACGAGGGAGGAAGUGGCAGGCACAAAAGGUUCACUAUGACCAC